AUGUCCAGUCAAUUUCGAGACAUCAAGACGGUCGACUCCACGAACCACUCGUAUACUUUUGAGCAAAAUGUUUCCGUGCCGCUGAGCAACGGUAGUGUCUUACGCUGCAAUGUGUACAAACCGAAGGCUGCUUCGGCAGAGAACCCAUUUCCCGUGAUUCUCACAUAUGGCCCAUAUGGCAAAGAUGUUUCCUAUCUGCAGUUCAACCCAAAGAGUUUCGCAGAAGUCGACCCAGCUCAUCAAACAGAGCACUCUGCAUGGGAGACUCCAACACCUCAGUACUGGACCGAUCAUGGUUACAUUGUAAUCCGAGCGGAUGAGAUUGGUAUCGGUCAAUCGCCUGGUGUGCUGCACGUCACUUCCGCAGCCACAAUCGAUGGAAUGUGCGAUUUAAUUGAGUGGGCCGCACAGCAGCCUUGGUGCACUGGAAAGGUGGGCCUACUCGGCGUCAGCUACUAUGCUGGCACGCAAUGGCAGGCUGCAGCACGUCAGCCUAAAGGUCUGACGGCGAUUGUUCCUUGGGAAGGAUUCUCCGAUCCGUACAGUGAAUCAUUGCGACAUGGUGGAAUCCUCUCAAACAAAUUUCUUGACAUGUGGUUCAAUCGCCAAGUCGGACCGAACCAAUUCGGGCUCCCUGGCCGAGCAGCGCGCAACUGGGGGCCUGAUACAGUUGAUGGUGAUCUCUCCACAGAUGACUUACGUGCAAACCGACAUAAGGUCGAUCGAAAUGAGCUGCGAUUCCGAGAUAGUGAGGAGCAAGCAGCCGUCAAUAUUAACUUACAAGACGUCAAUGUUCCUGUUCUGAGCGUGGCUAAUCUUGGUGGGCUGUUACUACAUCUACGAGGAAAUGUCCUGGGAUACCUCUGGGCGGGAUCGGAAUUUAAGUAUCUCCGCUUCAUCGUGGGGCGGCACGACUUACCAUUCUACUAUCCCGAGGAAGUAGAGGUACAGCGGAGCUUUCUCGAUGCUUGGCUAAAGGGACAGGAUCGAGAGGGGUGGACCAAGAAGGGGUCUAUGCCUCCUGUUGAUCUUAUCCUACGCAAGGGGAACGUGGGAUAUAAUGACCCUAUCGCAGAGAAGCGCUACCUUCGCCGCAAGGAAAACGAAUGGCCAUUGGCCAGGACACAAUAUACCUCCCUUUUCCUAACCGCAGAUAGGGGGCUUCAAUUCGAAAAGCCAUCCCUGCCAUUUCCCAAAAAGGUUAGUUAUCGGGCUCUUGGGAACCAGCAAGACCUUUCCAGCAUUGUGACAUUCCGUUCAAUGGCAUUUGAACAUGAAACCGAGAUCACUGGCCAUAUUGUGGUCCACCUCAAUGUUUCUGUCAGUAGAGAUAGGUAUGGAACCACGCCCUCUGACAUCGACUUGUUCAUUUCUCUGCGUCAUCUGUCGCAUUCUGGCGAAGAGAUCUGUUACACGGGCACCGCCGGGGAGCCUGUUCCAGUGACCAAGGGAUGGCUUCGUGUGUCUCUGCGAAAGACAAAUCCUCAGCAUCCGCGCCACCGCCCCUGGCUGCCUUACCGUGACUAUUACUCCACCGAUGUUCUACCUGUCAUUCCAAGCGAGGUAUAUCCCGUCGAUGUGGAAAUUUGGCCGACGAGUGUGGUUGUCGAAGAAGGUGGUCGGUUGGUUUUGGAAGUGAGCUCGGAAGACACCGCAGGGACUGGAUUCUUUGGCCAUGACGACCCCACUGACAGGUCGGAGGCUGUUUUCAAGGGUCAAAAUCAUAUUAACUUCGGUCCUGACUACACCAACUACGUCACACUUCCCAUCAUUCCCAGUGAAUGA